GUCACACAGCUUCGAAAUUUGUUGUGUUGGUGUGUGAAAUUUUUGCGACAAGAGUGUGAAAAAUAAAAUUGAUUUAGGUGGCAGUGCAAGUGGGAAAAUCGUGUAAAAUUGUACGGAAAAGUACAAAGGAGUACCAGCCGUUGAUGAAGCAACCGGAGUUCCUUCAUUUUGCGGUGUAGACAUUUGUAGAAAAGUUCAGUGAAAAUAAUGAGUCGCCAUGAAGGUGUUAGUUGCGACUCAUGCCUGAAAAGCAACUUCCGGGGUCGCCGCUAUAAAUGUCUCAUCUGCUUCGACUACGAUCUCUGUGCGAAUUGCUAUGAGGAGAAUGCCACGAGUACCAGGCACUCUGCUGACCAUCCGAUGCAGUGCAUCCUCACACGGUCCGACUUUGAGCUGUACUACGGUGGGGAGGUGCUGAGCCCGGAACAACCGCAGAGCUUCACGUGCCCGUACUGCAAGCGAAUGGGGCUGAGUGAUGUGGCACUCGUUGAGCACGUUGGGGCUGAGCAUACGGACACGGGAUUGGAGGUGGUGUGCCCCGUGUGUGCUGCCAUACCCGGUGGGGAUCCAAAUCUUGUCACUGAUGACUUUGCUGGCCAUCUAACACUGGAACAUCGUACCGGCCCACGAGAUCUCAUCGCUUUCCUCGAUGAACCAUCAGCUAUCCGUCAUGGUGGCGUACGGCGUAUCCCACACAGCGGAAGGGCCCUCAAUGGACCCCGUCCAAGACGCUCAAAUAUGCACUUCAAUUCAUCCGGCGGCCUGUCUGCCAUGUCCCCAUCUGGGCGUGACAAUGUUGAUCCAAUUGCUGAACUCCUGUCACAGCUCUCUGGUGUUCGGAGGGCACCACAAACGUCCCAGCUCCAUCAGCUUCAAAUGCAAAUUCAACUUGAAAGGCAACAAGUUUCCGCAGCACGUGCCCACUUGGAGCGACUACCGCGGCGUCAGGCACAUCCAGUGAUCUCCUCAUCGAGUACCACAAGCUCCAAUGGACUGACUUCGUCGGGGGUUGGCGUUUCGGCGUCGUCGUCACAGCAGCCACCAACACAGGCUGGAAUUACGGUGUCAACACUCAAUGGGAGGGAUGCCCCAUUGGCGACUGCAUCGCAACUUCUCACAUCAUCCACAGGAAGUGGAGCUGGUGCAGCCCAAUCGGCUGGACAGUCGCAAUUCCUGCUGGCGCGCUUCAUGACGCCCACACUCGAGGAGGCUGAACAAGUUAAUCUCGAACGAGAGAGGGCAGACAGAUCUCAGUUUGUCCAGGCACUAAUGUUGUCCACCCUGGCAAAUCUCGAGGCAUUCACAGUGCCAGAGGAACAGACUCCCGCCGUGGUGGUGGCUGAGGAGACGCGAGAGGAGUCACCGCAGGAGGAGAAGAAGUCUGAUGUACGUGGGGAGGAUAGUGUGACAACAACAACAACAGAGCAGUCAAUGCCACCGACACGUGGUGGUGGUGUACUGUCGACGAAACCAAAAACAGCAAAAAGUGUGCCAGCAAGUUUGAGUGCAGCCGGCCGGGGUAGGGCCACGGCGGCGGGUAAGUCGCGUGAAAUGAAGACGAGUAGUACGUCGGUGUCGUCGAAGGAAGUUACCCCGGAUUCUACUAGGUAGUGGUGUCUAGUGGGGACGAAUUGUAGGCAUUCAAAUUGCUACGACGAACACCACAAAAUUUAUGCAAAACUAUCAACUCUAUCAAAUAAUUUUACCUAACAUUUUACGACUAAAUUGAAGUAUAGUAAUGAACAGAGAGAGAGAGAAAACAAUUUUUUUGAUUACAUCGUAGAAGAAGCAGAAGCAGGAAAAAAGGAAAAAAAAGAAAUAGAAAGGGAAGAAUUUAAAUUAAAAUUGAGGUCUACGAGGUGAAAGAAAAAAAAUCUACGACGGUGUGUAUGUAAAAAAAAAUGAAGGAUAAAUUUGAAAUUAGAAUUCUUACUAGGACAUUUUUUGUCGAUUUAAACAAUGUAUAAAAUGAUGAUGAUGAGAUAUUUGUAGCCCCGCUGAAACACAUUAAAUCCAUCCGUUUUUCUUUUCUUUACAAUUUUAUCCCAAAUUUUUCAUUUUUAUUCUGUAAAUUUAAAAUUUUCAGAUUUUUGUUUCUUUUUUUUUUAAAAUAAUAUUUAUUAAAAAAUUGAGAAGAAAAAAAUGAAAAUCAACCACCCUAACGAACCUUCUAUACUUCUUAAAGAAAAAAAGAGAAAAAUAAUCAUUGAUUUGUAAAAUAUUGUAGUUUUUUAGUGUGAGAUUGAGUGGAGAAAAAAAAAGGAUUUAUUAUACCAAUAUAGAGAUGAUUUUUUAACACGUAAA